GGCUGGUGGCACGGGCGAUCCGAAGACGGCUAGUACUGGCUACAUGGGGAGACGGCGGCGCCGGGUGGAUCGGGUGCCCCGGGGCGGGGCGGGCGCCCUGCCCGAGGCCAUCGCCGCGCUGAGUCGGUCGCUGCCCUCCGCGCCCAGCCCUGAGAUCUUCCGCCGCGCCAAGUUCGACCGUCCGGAGGCGGCCCCUGCGCUCUGGCAGCUCCUCUUCCGCGUGCUCUCGCCGCUUCCGGCGGACGACGCCUCGGCCUCGCCCGCCCUGGAGGCCCGAGCCCGUUUGGUGAAGUCUGCGCUGUGCUCGCGGGGCUACCCGAGACUGGCCCUGGCACAACUCCCCGAGGACGGCUCCAGCGGCAGCCGGGAGCUGCUGCUGGCCCUGUCCUGGCUCCUGGCCCGAGGACCUUUGCCCGAGCAGCUGCUGGCCCAGGACCGAGUGUCACUGGGCGAUGAGAUGCCUGUGUGCCAGUGUGAGGCCCUGGCCCGCCGUGGGCCAUCUGCACCCCCUGUGGAAGCAGAGGGCCCUGUGGACAUCCGCUUUGUGCAGUGGCUGAUGGGAAAGUUGCGGUUCCAGUGGCGACAGCUGGCCUCCAGUCAGCAGGAGCAGUGCGCCCUCUUAAGCAAGAUCCACUUGUAUACCCGCGGCUGCCACAGCGACCGGCGCCUCGGCCAUCUGUCUGUUGCUGAAACAGAGAUGCUCAGGGACUCAGAGGGCAGUCAACGGCUGCUGCAGGCACUAGAGUGUGAGAAUGCUCACCUGGAGGCGGCCCUAGAUUGGCGCUGUGCACAGUUUGUCUUCUGGCAGUGGAUGGACACAGUCCUGGAUGCCUGCCCCCCAGAUGCUCCCACUGCAGCCUCACAGCCUCCCUCUCAGCCCAGGAUCCCCGAGCAUGGCGCUGUUGAGUUGGAGCUGGUGGCGCAGGGACUGCGGGCAUUGCAGGAGGAGCUGCGAGAGGUCACAGAGCGCAGGCAGGAGGCCUGGGAGGCCCAGAUUGGAGGCCAGGGCCAUGGGCCAGAAUGGAGCACCGCAAGGCGGGCCUUGAGGGAGGCUGUGGACCAGGAGCUGGCAGCCCUGCUGCAGUCCUGGGAGCAAGACAGGGGCCCAGCCCAGCUCCAUGGAUCCCAGCCCCAUGGAGUCCAUCGGCUGGUGAGACGCGAGGAUGGGGCAUCAGAGGAUCACGACCUGCAGGCAUCCGAGGUAAUCCAGGCACUGAGGAGCCAGGAGGCCCACCUGGAGGCAGUGCUGCAUCAACUACAGGGACAGUGUCGGCAGGAGCUGGCCAGGCUAGCGGGAGCCCUGCCUGACCUCAUCUGGAUCCUGCCACCUGGACGCUGAGGGCCUGUGAAUGUGUGGGGAGUCUGCUUUGGCUCAGCCUGGCUGGGUCUUAGAGGAGCAGAUUCCAGGGCCGGGUGGCCGCAGGAACAACGAAGAUGCAAAACCCCAGGCCUCAUACUCACCCCAGGAGUUGGGGCUGCUCUGACCGUGGCUGGAGCCCAGACCCUGUCAGCCGCACUGGGGUGGGCAUGGCUGGUCCCUGAGAAGGGUGUGACAGGCCUAGUCCAUGGUCUGGAGGGGACUCAGAAAUAAACUGCAGCGGCCUCCCUCUGCCA